GACUGUAUGGUUUGACUAGUCACUGUAGGUCAGACUAAUACAAUAUCAUGUUCAUCAUUAAAUUUUUGGUACAGCAGUUUAGUUCUAGCCAAUCACAUACGUGGGAGCAUACCUUACUCACCACACCUACUACCCACGACACUUGUGUUUGGCAGCUAACAUGGUUGUAAAGAUCAUUGCUGAAGUUUUAAGCAUUCCAGAGCCAGCAGCACGCUUUCUCUUUGGACUCUUAUUAACUUACCCGCUGGCAUUUAUUUAUCGUCCACUCAUAAUACCCUAUCUCAAAGAACACUCAGAGUAUUAUUUGUGCUGUUGGUGGGUUUGCUUUGCUACUGUAUGUUUUCGGCUUGUCUGCUUCUUUGCAUUUUAUGUUGGAUGUCAUUCUCGUCUAUUGUGUUUUUUAUUAUUUGGAAAAGGGAGAGUGUCUCUAUUACUUACAUGGAUUAUUACUAUGGUAUGUUGCCAUAGUACAAAAGCCCGAAUACAUUGUAUAUUACCGCUAGUAGGAUUUUCUUGCUGGUAUGAAUAUUAAUAUUCCAGAGUAUAAGGCCAUCUCUGGCAUAAUUAUGCUUUUUGUACUUUGAUUAUGUUAAUUUAGCUAUACAUUGGAAUACAAUGUACAUGUA